GAGUUCAGCGUCUGAUUUCCCCUGAGAGUUUGAUUGAUGAAGAUUGGGGAGAUCGAGUCGCUGUUUUCUGACCCGAGGAGGAGGUGGUCAGGUGGGGAGGACCCCUGUGAGUUCCUCCUACCGCUGCUGGUGCUGUCAUCGUCUCCUCCAGCUCUCCACAAACACUGUCUUCUCCAGUGGGUACAAACUCUGACUGCUGGCUCUGCUGUCGGCACUGGUUGAGGAGGCAGGACGACUGUGAUGCCAUGUAGGAAACUUGGAACCUUGAUGCUGACAGUUAGUGAAACACGUGAACGAUACAAAGAGCUGCCUGAAGAAGUAAAACAGACUAUCAUAGAGACGCAAGAUUAUUUAUUGACCUGUUGUUGGUGACACAUGGAGACGGGAGCUGUUCUAUAAGUGCAUCAGUGAAGGACCAAGACUACACCAACUGGUUGUUACCCUUGAAAGACCUUAAGAUCAAUAAGUUAGUCCCUGUGGUGACGGUUGUGUGACGUGACUAAAAAUGUGGUGAUGUUCUGUAGGAUAUAAAAAUAAUCACCGUUUUGUGCUGAACUUAAGAGCUGGUGAACGAAAAGUCGAAGUUUUGCUUAACAGACAGUUGUUGACUAUAAGACCAUUGGUUAUAUACGAGGGCGUGUGGACGAUAAUGAGUCGUACUGCUGAGACAACAUACAGUAGUCCCUGGUGUAAGACGGAGUAAGUGAGCAGUGUUGGAGUGCAGCCCCGUGAACAGCUUGUAAUACACGUUUUCUUACCCGUAUUGAUAAGCAUUUGUUAAUAUCACUCGGACACAUUUGUACUGAUUACAACUAAUUCCUUUUCUACAAUUUUAAUAUAAAGUUCACAGAAGUAGGACGAAUAGUUGGGUGAGGAUCAUCUAAGGUGUUGUACCGAGUGACGUAACAGUGACUGAAGGCGACUGCUAGAGCUGUGACGAGAAUACCUGUAGUAUCAGUGCGUCAACUGGUGCAGGUGGUCGUGCAGGUGGACAGGAGACAGCGAGGGCCGCGCCCAAGACUUGCACACCUCCUUGCCUAAGCAGGGGCUUGGGGCCGCUAACUAGGGUGACGGGGAUGACUGGGGCGCGCGGGCGUGUGGGCGGCGUGGCAGGGUAGCGGGGUAGCCCAGCAUGAGGGAGGCGGCCCCAAGAAGCCCCCCACGCGACCCCGCCCCCGAGACCCCGUUCACGCCCGGCCAGCCUGCCAGACGCCCGCCCGCCGCCCCCUGCCUGCUGCACCAUGAGAUAGCAGCAGCGGUGGCAGCCGCAGUAGCAGUAGCAUCAGCAGCUCUAGCAGAAGCGCCGCCAGACAAGGCAGGACGUCAUGAGUAAUGUGUAUGCGGCGUACGGGCCAGUGCCCACCAGUGUCGGCGUCACAGCCACCCCCAGACUUAAUGGCUCCCUCGACAGGCGGGCCCUGGCGAGCCGCUCAGCCGCACUGGGCCGCUCCGCCACACUGGGCCGCCACAACAAUGGGCCCAUGGGCCGCUACCCCAUGUCGGCGAUGGGCUGUUCCUAUCAGGACCUACGGCGGUCCAGAGAUUGCCUGGAGAUAAAACAUGGUCCCAUGGAGCUGCUGGAGCCCCUGGACACCCUCAGUAUGGGCGGAGGUGUCCUGUGUGGCUCCCUCGACAGUUUCCCCACGCUGCCCACCUCCACCUUGGAGCGACGGCGCAACGGCGGCGUGGUGACCGGCUGCAGCGUGCAUGGCGGCGGCGGCACGCUGAGCCGUGCUGACAGCCGAGCCUCACGCUACGAUCUGUCAGAGGAGCGGCGAGGCGGGUGUUGUGGCAGGAGCUGCUGCACCCUCACCCUCUCCCUCAUCGCCUGCCUCCUCAUACUCAGCGGCGUCAUCGUCGCCCUCUACUUCUUCAUCAAGAAUGUCCCGUAUGAGCCUCGGCCGCCCAUCGAGGAAGAGCCGUGUGAGCAGCAGUUCUGCGCUUGGGGCGGGGAGUGUGUGACGGACGAGGAGGGCGUGGCGACCUGCGCCUGCCCCACCACCUGCCCGCCGCCCUCCUCCACCACCUCACCCGUCUGCGGUACUGACGGUAACACCUACCCCACCAUCUGUGAGCUGCGCCGCCACGCCUGCAGGAACCAGCGGGAGAUAAGGAUCAGGCACUCGGGGUCCUGUGAUGACGCCGCAGCAUCUUCCCGGGAGGAUGACACCGUCAGGACCCGUGCCUGGGACCGCGCCAACGCACGUGACCGCGAUCCCAAUGCCACUCGCACCCCCGACCGCAACUGACCGCACGCGACCGCUACCCCGUCCCAACUCCCAUACCCUAAACCCGAACCACAAUCGAGCACACAAAUGCCACCCUCAACUCUAACCGCAACCCCAACAUUAUCCGCCGCCGCAACCACGACCGCAUCUCCAACACCACUUAUCCCCAUCCCCGAUCACAACUAACCGCCCCAGAUCGUUAAGGAUCUCACCUGCCCGCAGCCCAAAAUGGCUUCCUUACCCUCUGCCCAGACCGCAGUUGACCGCAGCACUAAAAAUCAUCCUCACCCUCCUCUUCCCCAAAACACUAGAGGCUGCCCACUUCCCCAACACGAGGCACUAAAAGACCCCACAAGCUAGUGACUCGGCCCUCUCCCCUCCCUCCCUGCGGUAGUGAUGAUACCCUCUUCUCUACUAAGUACCUCAGUGUUAGCUUGUACUCCCUCCCCCAGCUGGCUGACUCUAGACUAGUCCCCCUCAGCACGAGAGACCGGACGAGUCACCAAACGAUAAAACAAAUGUGUUUUCUACGCAUGUUUGGUGUUGUUGUUGGUCUGCUGAACAAUGCUAACCAUCGCCUCCCUGCGCCUCUUCCUCAUUGGCCGCUUCCAACCCCCGCUUCCCCCGUCCCCACACACAAUGUUAAUAAUAAUGUGUGCAAAAGUUUGCCCGAAACUAAUUUAAGGAACCUGGCGUUGUUUACUGUAACUUAAGUGACUUCCUCUCCAGGGAGAUUCUUUCAGGUGGGUGACGCGUUGGCCUUACCAGACCACCUGACUUAUAUACGAUCAGUUCACCUAGAUAAAAGUUGGUUAACUUCAAUAACAAAACAUCAUGAUUUUUUUUCAUAUCAAAGAUGACUCAUUUCUGACAGGGAAACUAAUUAGUUAAUUGAUUUUGAAAUAAUGUAAUUUUUAUACAAAAUCAGUGAUUCAUUUUUUAUAACGAAACUCACUAAUAUUUUUGCAUAACGAAUGAAUCCGAUUAAUGUUUCAUGACAAAUCUGAUUCAUCUUUGAUAACGAUGUUGAUAUAUUUCAUUAAAAAAAACACAUUCAAUUAAGAGCUAAUUAAUUCUCAAUAGCAUUAACUGAUGACUAGUUUACUAUGAGUUAAUCUGAGCCCUUGGUACAGUGGUGAGGGCCUCCGAGUUGCUACCGUGAAAGAACAUCUCCUGCUUCACGUCUCCCUCUAGCCUCUGUGAUGUAUACCGAAUGGUCUUUCAUGCCGAGUACUUUUUUAUCUCUAUCGCCUGUGUAGUAUUAAGGAAAGGUUGACCCUUCCUGCUUUUAUAUCUACCGAGAAAAACAAAAUCAACUUGGGUGUUUAUAGAAAGGAUUUUUUUUGUGUGUAUAUGUGAAAGUCCUUUGAGCGAGUGCAUGAU